UGUCUGCUUUCAGUCGUCAAUCGAUCCGAGUCGGCGGCGCCGCUUGGAAUAAUCGUUCUUUACUUUUCUGUCAGAUCCUUUAAAGUUUAGCACCAUCACGUUUUUGACCUUCUUCACAAAUUUUUUCUUUUCUGUUUUAGCAAGUACAAUUAUUUGAUAAGUGUCCUGGUACAGCUUUGCGCUUUUUUAUCCCAAACGGGACCUCAUGUCAUCCUACCGCCACUGCAGCCACAGCGCUGAGAAUCGCGCCAUGAAGAAGCAGGCCUUCGUGGAGAAACUCUACUUUGUCACCCCGAACGAUCCCUUGGAGAAUGAUCGCGCACCGCGCCAUGCCCAUGACAUCAUCGAAGACAAACUCGAUCAGCUGCAGCGUGACGACAAGCGCAUCCAGUCCGUGGUGAAUGAUGGCGGGAUGACGGGUGUGGGCUAUGUCGCCUACACCCGCCCCGAACUGCCCCACCGUAUCUUCUACUCCAUGAACAAGAAAAAACGCUGGCAGCUGCCGGCGAUGUUGGAAGACGCCAUCGCGGAUGAGGCGUUUGAGGAUGUCGGGAUCGACAGCCAUACCAAUGUCACCUGCAUGUUGCGACGUGCUGGCACGCACAUGUCACAGGAUGCGGCGUGUGUGUUGCGGAUCGCGUCGACCUCCUUCGACAAUUGUAAGACCGUGACGCCCAAACGGAUGCAGGGUGUGUCGUAUGUGACGGAUCUCGUGGAGAAAGAACUGCGCUUGUCGCGGUGCGAUGAUCGCGAAGCGGACGGGGAUGGAAAGGAGGAAAUGACGCCGUAUCAUCAAGCUAGGAAUCGAGAUCUUGGGAUUCUGUAUCAUUUCUCCGUGAAUAAUCCCAUCAGGAAACCCUGCCACUGGAAUGAGAAGCGCUUUGAGAGGAAACCAACGAAACGACGGCAGCGCAAUGAUUUCCACGAGGAACUCCUCGAGGCGGUUGACCAGAGUGACAGCGAGGGUGCGAUGGAAGAAAUGGAAGAAAUCGGUGACGCGCCGUCGCCGCCCACCAUCCAGAUCGAUAUGGGUGAUCUUCUGGAUAAUAUUUCCAUGAAGCGCAAUAAAAACCAUCAUCGACAUCGGAAGGACACCGACAGUUCGACGGGAUCCUCCAGUGGUUCAGUGAAAAGUGGCCGCAUCGUGCAUGUCGAGGAAGAGGCAGGCGAUUCCGACGUUCACAUCGAGGAAGAACGCAUGCCAACCCCGACAUUCGUGGCGGUGGAUAGCCAGCGAACAUUUUUCUUCCCGCGGAUUGAUUUGGCGGACGUGGACGCCGUCCUCCCGUUGACUGCUAACUUGACCGUUCCUGAUCCUUUCACCCGGGUGGCAUUCUGUGAUAUCGGCGUUGACGUGGCCGUGGUUGCUGUCUUUCACGCCACGAUCUUCGGUGUACAGUGCAGCGUCAAAGCGCCGGAAUCCUUCCUUGAGAGAAUGCCGGAAUUCGAAAGCCUGGACGAACUCUUGGGGCGUUUCGAACUGGAGGCCCACUUGGUAGGGCGAAGGGAAAUGUGCUUGUAUGACGGAGUUAAGGAUCUGUUCAGUCCUCCCCACAAUAGUCUCAGAAUGUACGAUCUGUUGGUGAGUAAUUUGCUGGAAUGUGAGACACCGAUAAGUUUGAACGACGGGGAAUGUUUCCUGUGUGGCAGCUCCGGAGUGGUGACCAACAGCUGUGGUCACUCAGUCUGUGAUUUCUGCUGGGUGCAUUUCAUGGCAGCUAAAGUGUCCGAUGGCAUUACUCGCUUUCCAUGCAUCCAAUCAGGAUGCAGCGCGUUGAUUUCGUCUGAUCUUAUCGGCUUGUUGGCGCCCUGGGGUGUUUUGGAGCCAUGGCAAAGCCGCAAUCUGGACAGCAUUGUCUCCGCCGCCAACGGUUUCCACUGUCCGACUUCGCGAUGCACCCAUGCCGUCCUUUUAGGGAACGAAACUGUGGAUAAAGUUAGUUUAUCCCAGUCGCUUAUCCUGUGCUACGGUUGCUCGAAAGGCCUGUGCCACUUGUGCAAAGAAACCUGGCACUGGCCGUGUCCGUGUAAAGAAGCCGAGACGUACCACAAUGUGAUGGCCGGUUUGAAUGACGACCCGUUCAACCGGUACGGAAGGGUCAAACUGCGGUACUAUGCCAACACAAAGAAAUGCCCGGGGUGUAAGUUGAUCAUGGAAAAGGGGGAAGGAUGUAACCACAUGAGCUGUAAUUGUGGAAUGCAGUUUUGUUGGUUCUGCGCGCAACCGCUGGACAAACACUACGGGCCUAAUGGGUACAGGGGCUGCGUGGGGGAACAGCAGAUGGAUAAGAUCGACGUGGAAAGAGCGUCCGAUCUUCGCUGGAAGGAGGGAGUGUACCAUAGGGCUGUGGAUCUGCGCAAAAAGCGUUUUGAUCUGAAGAAGAAUAAGAAGCUGGAGGAGGAUGUUCUGAGUGCGUUGUUCAUUGCGUAUCAUGUGCUGGAAUACGCGUACGCCUAUGAGAGCCAGAUGCCGGGUGUGGGGUUGCGGUUGUCCAAUAGGAUCAGGGGGGAAAUGGAUAAUUUUAAAUUUGUGUUGGGUCUGUUGGAGGAUAAUGUCACCGAUGGACAUGUGGAGAAGGCCAAAGUAUAUGCCGAGAAAGUGAAGCAUUCACUGGUGGGUUUGCGAGCGGCGUUUAAAACCAAUGAGAAGUUGUAAUUGAUAUUUUGGUUGUUUGUCAGAGCUGUUUUAUUGAGAUGAUUUUAUUAUGUUAAUUUAUUUUUUGAUUGUUUUUUAUCAUUGUUUGCUUUCACACUGCUUACAGUUACAUUAAUGUAAAACUGUAAUUUUAAGUGCUCUUGUGGGUUCGGCUCAUUAUUGUCGAAAUGAAGUAUCGUUCAUUAAUGUCACACAUACCGAUCUGUACAAUAUUGCCGUAAAAUAAAGAUUGCGCUCCA